CACAUUUCCUCGCCAAAAAAAGAAAAAAAAACGUGUACGCUUCGCUCAACGCCUCUUCGCGUUUGCUUUGCUUGCCUUGCAUCGAAAGCUCCAAACGCAAGUCCACUCCACUUCCAUUGAUCCUUUCCCAUCCAUCCCAGCAUCCCACCACCGGGCGCGGCGUGCAGCGAGACGGAAGCGCCGGCGAUGGGGUCCGGCUCCGCCCGCGCGGCGACCGCGGCGGCCGCCCUCCUCCUCCUCAUGCUCGCGCGAGGCGGCGAGUCCGUCAGUUUCUGGCUCCCGCCGCCGUCCGCCGGGGUAGGGGAGGAGGGCUUCCUCGGCGGCGCCAGCCGUUACCUGACGCGGGACGAGCGGUGGAUGAACCAAACCCUCGACCACUUCAACCCCACGGACCAUCGGCAAUUCAAACAGCGUUACUAUGAAUUUCUUGACUACUACCGAGCUCCAAAUGGGCCGAUCUUCCUAAAAAUCUGUGGAGAAGCCUCAUGCAAUGGAAUUAGCAAUGACUACUUAGCUGUGAUGGCAAAGAAAUUUGGUGCUGCAAUUGUUUCUCCUGAGCAUCGAUACUAUGGAAGGAGUUCUCCUUUUAACAGUCUGACGACAGAAAAUCUACGGUUCUUGUCAUCAAAGCAGGCUUUAUUUGAUCUUGCUGUUUUCCGCCAAUAUUAUCAGGAAACCUUAAAUUCCAAGUAUAACCGCUCUGGGGCAGACAGUUCUUGGUUUGUUUUUGGAGGGUCAUAUGCUGGAGCACUCAGUGCUUGGUUCAGAUUGAAGUUUCCUCACUUGACAUGUGGAAGUCUAGCAAGCUCAGGAGUUGUUCUUGCUGUUUACAACUUUACCGAUUUUGACAAACAGAUUGGGGACUCUGCUGGUCCUGAAUGCAAGGAAGCACUUCAAGAAGUAACAAGACUUGUUGACGGACAGCUUCAGUGUGGCCGCAACUCAGUUAAGCAGUUGUUUGGAGCAGCAAAGUUGGAAAAUGACGGUGACUUCCUCUACUUACUGGCAGAUGCUGCUGCUAUUGCGUUCCAAUAUGGCAAUCCUGAUGCCUUGUGCUCCCCGCUAAUUGAAGCAAAGAAGAACGGGACAGAUUUGGUGGAAACAUUUGCUAGUUACGUGAAAGAUUAUUACAUUGGAAAAUUUGGGGCAUCUGUAGCAUCAUAUGAUCAACAGUAUUUAAAGAACACAACUCCUGCUGUUGCUGAAUCCUCAUAUAGACUUUGGUGGUACCAAGUUUGCAGUGAGGUUGCAUUUUUCCAGGUGGCACCAAAAAAUGAUAGUGUCCGAUCCCCAAAGAUUGACACAAGGUACCAUUUGGACUUGUGCAGAAAUGUUUUUGGGGAAGGAGUCUACCCUGAUGUCUUCAUGACAAACUUAUACUAUGGAGGCACAAGAAUUGCAGGUUCUAAAAUUGUUUUUGCAAAUGGAUCUCAAGACCCUUGGCGCCAUGCUUCUAAGCACAAAUCAUCAGAAGAAUUGCCAUCAUACUUAAUUGAGUGCAAGAACUGUGGACAUUGCAGUGAUCUCUCUGGAUGCCCUCAGGCUCCUUCAAAUAUUGAAGGUGAUUCAUCCAAGUGCUCAUCUCCAGAAGCUCUCAACAAAGUAAGAAAGCAGAUUGUCGAUCACAUUGACCUGUGGUUAUCGGAAUGCCAAGAACAAGGGCAUGACAAGGAGCCAUCGCUGGGAAGCAGAUGGAGCAUAGCUAGUAUCUGAUAAAUCUGUGCGAGCUAUAGGCGUAUGUUGCAAGGCCAAGGCAAAUAUGGUUGUGUUUUUGCAGUAUUGCAGUAUAUCUUUCGCGUAAACAGUAGAGGCUGAUGUAUAAUCCGCUGGCGGCAAAUAAAUAAAACAGGCGGCUCUCAGCUUCUUGGGAUGCCUGCCGAGUUCAGGCUCGGAUGCGUUGACCUGUACAGACAUUACCAGGAUAUGUAAAUGUGAACGAACUGCGUACUAACAAGUUCGUUAAUAUACAUCUGGCGCAUACCCUUCAGCAUGUGAAA